AUGACUUCCAAAAUUAAUGGAGAGAAUGAACAAUCCUCGCAACCACAACAAUCUCUGUUUACGUCACUUCCCGAGGACGUGGUGGUUGACAUCUUAGCACGUGUGCCAAGAUGCGACUAUCCAACACUCUCCCUCGUUUCAAAGCAGUUCCACUCACUUGUUACGUCACAUGAGAUAUACGUGAGAAGAUCUUUGUUGAGGUGCACCGAGAAGUGUCUAUAUGUUGUUAUACUCAAUGUCAAUGAAAGCCCUAAUGACGGUUUAUAUAUUCUUCGCCGGAAAGCCAAUGGCAACCACCGCUUGGUCUAUAUCUCUUCUCUUUCGAAUUGGCCUAUCGCUGAAAGCUUUUUGGUGGUGGGUUCGAUGAUAUAUGGAUUUGGUGGGAUGGAUUGGGAGAUAUCAUCGAGAGCGUUUAGCAUUGACUGCAGAUCACACACGAUGCAACCACUCCCAGACAUGCCUAUACCCAUGGCUGAUACAUGUGCUGGCUUUCUUGACGGGAAGAUUUACGUAUUUGGACACUGCAGUAUGAUCUCAGAGGUGAUAGUGGUGUUCAAUACAAAAACACAAGUGUGGGAGCCUAGGGUGAUAAAGGCAAACACUUCUUCGCCAGCUGAGGCGUGGCAUUUUGGUCAGAUGGUGGUGAUGGAUGAUAAGAUUUACACAAGGUAUCUUCUGAAUGGGUUUGUUUACGUGCCAAAGGAAAAUAAAUGGGAAAAAGACGAGGUACUGAAUUCUAAGACGUGGGAGGAUGGUGGCGCGUGCGUCCUUGAUGAGGUUAUGUACUACUACGAUAGUUUUGGCAAGUGUUUAAACAGGUAUGAUCCGAAGGAGAGGCGCUGGGGAGUGGUUAAAGGUUUGGAUGAUUUGGUUGCUGAGAUAGGAUUCCCAUAUUGGACAAACACUCUGCGGUAUGGUCGGAAUCUGGCUUUGUAUUUUCGUAAAAGAGAAGGAGAAGAACCGAGACCGAGUAGUAUUCAGAAGAUUUGGUGUGCAGAGAUUUCGCUUGGAAGACGUCAAGGAAAUGAUAUUUGGGGUGAAGUUGAGUGGUGCGAUCAGUUACAUGAGGAUCAGAAGGGACAAUACUACCAUUGGGAAGAGAAGGUGUUUGUAACACUAUCAAGCAAAGAGAAGAAAGAAGAUUUCAUGGCUAUGAAAGGUUGCAAACCUUCACAUAGGCCUAAGAAGAGAGCCAAGCUCGUCCAAAGCAGCUUACUUUUGGUGAGUCCUGGAACAUGGCUGGCUGAUAUGUGUCCAGAUAGAUAUGAUGUUGGGGUGAAGAAGAGCUCUAAGAAGGUAUGA